GAGAGAGGAGGACAAAAAAUAAAAAGACUGCUGCAAAGCUGAUCUGAAAAGCAAAGCAAACAAACUUUGAAAAUAAAGGGGGAACAGGAAGUUUGGCAACGGUGUCCAAUAGAUAUGGCAAUGGUAGUCGGUGCGUGGCGAGACCCCCAGGACGAUGUGCCCGGAGCUCAGGGAACGCAGCCUUCGCAAGCCCCGCCGGUGCAGGGACCCCCGGCCGGGGCCCCGCACACCCCACAGACCCCGGGGCCCGGGGGCCCUCCCAGUACGCCAGCCCAGACCAACCCGCCGAGCCAGCAGAACCAAGGAGACAAGCAGCAGCAGCAGCAGCACAUUGAAUGUGUGGUUUGUGGGGACAAGUCUAGUGGCAAACAUUAUGGCCAGUUUACCUGCGAGGGUUGCAAGAGUUUCUUCAAGCGGAGUGUAAGGAGGAAUCUCAGCUACACUUGUCGUGCCAACAGGAACUGUCCCAUUGACCAGCACCACCGCAAUCAGUGUCAGUACUGCCGCCUCAAAAAAUGCCUCAAAGUUGGCAUGAGACGGGAAGCGGUCCAGAGGGGCAGAAUGCCACCCACACAGCCAACUCAUGGUCAGUUCGCCUUGACAAAUGGGGACCCUCUCAACUGCCAUUCCUACCUAUCCGGAUAUAUCUCCCUUCUUCUGAGAGCAGAGCCCUACCCCACCUCCCGCUUUGGCAGUCAGUGCAUGCAACCCAACAACAUCAUGGGCAUCGAGAACAUUUGUGAACUGGCAGCUAGGAUGCUCUUCAGCGCGGUGGAGUGGGCCAGGAAUAUCCCCUUCUUCCCAGACCUCCAGAUCACAGACCAGGUGGCCCUCCUGAGGCUGACCUGGAGCGAGUUAUUUGUCCUCAACGCUGCCCAGUGCUCCAUGCCCCUCCACGUAGCUCCGCUCCUGGCAGCUGCUGGCCUUCACGCUUCGCCAAUGUCUGCUGACCGAGUGGUCGCCUUUAUGGACCACAUACGAAUCUUCCAAGAGCAAGUAGAAAAACUGAAAGCAUUGCAUGUCGACUCUGCAGAAUAUAGCUGUUUAAAGGCCAUAGUCCUCUUCACCUCAGAUGCCUGUGGUCUCUCUGAUGUAGCCCAUGUUGAAAGUUUACAGGAGAAGUCACAGUGUGCUUUGGAAGAGUAUGUUAGGAGCCAGUAUCCCAACCAGCCAACACGAUUCGGGAAGCUAUUACUACGUCUCCCCUCCCUUCGCACUGUCUCCUCUUCUGUCAUAGAGCAAUUGUUUUUCGUCCGUUUGGUAGGUAAAACCCCCAUAGAAACCCUAAUCAGGGAUAUGUUACUGUCUGGCAGCAGUUUUAACUGGCCUUACAUGUCCAUUCAAUAAAACAUUUGAGAGAGAAAAAAAAAACAAAACAACAAAACAAAAAUUUUAAAAAAAUUUCAAAAUUGAGAAGGGAGAUGAGAGUGAAAGGAAAGCAAAUGACAUUUGGGUUCUGGUUGUUUCUUAAAUUUCCUUCUGCUAAGAAAGGAUGUAAAAGGAUGUUACAAGUUUGCUAAGAGAAGACAGGAAAAAAUUAAUGGACUGUGAAUUAAAAAAAGAGACUGUCAAAUGAACUUUUACAGAAUGCAUUAAAAACUCCCAUGUUCUUCAGAAAAAAAACUUGCUACUUAUCAUUUUUUUUGUAAAAAAUAAAAAAGAGGGAAAGAAAAAAAGAAAGAAGAAGAAAAGAAACGAUGGUGGGCUUUUUCUUUUUUUCUUUUUUCUUCUUUUUUUUUUCUUUUUUUUUGGGGUAAACUUUUUAAAAAAUCUCGCUUAAAGUGCAUUUAAAGGAAAUUUGGAGAAAAUUAGCAGAACGGAAGAAAGUAAGUCUUUUUUUUCCAAAUUAUUAAUUGUCCUAUGUGUCUAUGUACCUAUAGCUGUUCUUUUUUGUAUUUUUCUGGUUUCAAACCAGUUUAUUCUGUGGUUCUAUAAUAAUUUUUGAUAUAACCUUGGCUUCUUUAAAAAAAAAUAAACUGUGUAUCCUUAAAAAUAUAUGUUCUGAAAGAAUUAAAACUGAGUCCACGAAAGUAUCAUAGGAAGAAAGGAAAAGAGAAAAAAAAAACCCUUCAACAACACAAUGAUGGAAGCGCACUUAAGGUGGUGACCCAAAAUCUAGCUUGAAGCUGAGAGAGCUAUAAUUAUAUAGACCCAAAUGAACCACACGUGUCAUAUAACUCCCCCCAAAUCUAGGUUUUUUGAUAUUUCGGACAGAAAAUGAACUGUGGGGAUUUAUUAUAGGUAGAAGGAUUUUGUGUCCAAGACACACUACGGUUUUGAUUUAAAAAAAAACAAACAAGCAAAGUGAACUUUUGUAAUUUGAAUUGGGUUCCACAUAGUUCAUCAUGAAUUGUUAUUAAACUCCUCUAUCUGUUUGUAUAUUUGCAAGCCCUUUGUAUUAUAAUAAUUGUUGAUAUUUUCCCUUUUUAAAAAAUACCAUUGAAAUCAGCAUGACAAAAUAACACUGUUGGCACUUAUAGAUAACGUGAUUGAUUCAGUAUCUUAGAGUUUACAGUUUUGUGUUUAAAAAAACUGAAGGUUUUUUUUUUUUUUUAAGUGCAACAUUUCUGUAUACUGUAAAAGUUAUAAUAACUGAACUGUUUGGUCGAGUCUUUGUGUGUUAUAUUCCAAGGAAAAUUGAAAGUAUUCAGAAAUUAAAAUAUUAUUUGAUAUCUGAAA